UAAAUAGUAAUUGUUAAAAUAUAGUUAGUUCAUUCAUUCUUGUUGUAAACUUGACUUAAGCUUUUAUCUAAUAUCUAGUAACUUUAUACAUUUAUACACUACAUACAUGUUACAUGUAUGUAAAUGUUGCUUACCGCCAAAACAUAGUAUGAUAAUACCAAUAAAAAAAGAUGGAGAAAUUGAAGAAUGGGCUAUUAUUGAAUUACAAGGUGAUUUAAAAUUUCAAUCUGUGGACGUCACAAAUAAAUAUAUCGGAGAUUUGCAUUUUUCAAAAUCUGGUAUGCCUAUACUUAUAAUUGGGAUUCAUGUAUUACAUGGAAAAGAAAUGGAACUUUCAAAACCUUUUGCAGUUUUAACUAAAAAAAAUAAUGAAGUAAUUGAUAAUACUGGUACUUCUGAAAAAAAAACGGAAUAUAUUGUUACAGCAAUCGUAAAAAAGAAAUUAAUUUUUAAAUCAAGACCAAAACCUAUCAUAACAAAUGUUCCAAAAGGUAAUUAAACAUAAUAAAAAAAAGUGGUAUCUAAAUGAAACAAUUGUUUUUAUAGAUUUUGUAUAAAUUAAAU